UCCUUUUGCCGCACUACUCAGCCAGUUAGUCGACAUGACGACAGCAGCUAGACCUACAUGGGCACCCGCUAAGGGUGGCAGUGAGCAAGGUGGGACUCGGAUUUUCGGCCCAUCUCAGAAAUACUCUUCUAGAGACAUGGCGUCUCAUACAACCUUGAAGCCAAGAAAGGAAGGACAAGAAACUCAGGAUGAAUUGCAGAAGAGAAACCUUCGAGAGGAACUUGAACAGCGGGAAUCAAGGCACUUCUCUUCAAAGGACAAAGGAUACAAUGAGGACAGGGAUCGCCGAAAGAGUAAUCAUCUUCUUUUAGAAGGUUCUAAAAGAGAAAGUGAAGAUCGAAUUGUUCCACGUAGUGCGGAUGCUGAUGAUGCAGAUGUUGUUGCCAAAAGUGAUGAUGAAAGGCAAGACGAUGAUGAUGAGGACGAGGAUGACAUGGAAGCUCUCUUGGCUGAGCUUGGUCAGAUAAAAAAAGAAAGAGCAGAUGAAAAAAUGAGAAAAGAACGGCAACAACUAGAAGAAGAUCUCAAAGCAAAGGAAGCAGAACUCUUGAGAGGAAAUCCUCUCAUAAACCAGCCAACAUCCUUUAAUGUGAAGAGAAGGUGGGACGAUGAUGUGGUCUUCAAGAACCAGGCUAGGGGAGAAGCAAAAGCUCCGAAGCGCUUUAUCAAUGAUACCAUUCGGAAUGACUUCCAUCGUAAGUUUCUGCAUAAAUAUAUGAAAUAAUAUCACAGAUGCCAUGGUUGUACCACCUUUGUCUAAAUGAAGGUGAUUAAUUCACAAUUUUAGCCCUGUCGAGGACAUACCAUUCGUCAUGUUAUCAUUAUUACUGUUAUUAUUAUUAUUAUUAAUAUUACUAUUGUUGUUGUUAUUGUUAUUAUUGUUGUAUUGUUGACUUGUUGUUGCUGCUGCUGUUGCAUUGUGCCUUGCUAUCCAACUGUUAAAAGUUCAAUGAUUCUUAGAUAUCUAAUAAGUAACUUAAUUAUGUUGAUUAUCUAAUCA